AUGGGGGCUUUGGACCCGGAAGUGGCGUCCUGGGCUCCCGGCGGUGCCGCGGGGAUGGCGGGAGCCGGAGCUGGAGCCGGAGCUCGCGGCGGGGCGGCGGCGGGGGUCGAGGCCAGGGCUCGCGACCCGCCGCCCGCACACCGCGCGCAUCCGCGCCACCCUCGGCCGGCGGCGCAGCCCUCGGCCCGCAGGAUGGACGGUGCGUCCGGGGGCUUGGGCUCCGGGGACAACGCCCCGACCACCGAGGCUCUUUUCGUGGCGCUUGGUGCAGGAGUGACGGCGCUCAGCCACCCGCUCCUCUACGUGAAGCUGCUCAUCCAGGUGGGCCAUGAGCCGAUGCCCCCCACCAUUGGGACCAACGUGCUGGGGAGGAAGGUCCUCUACCUGCCGAGCUUCUUCACCUACGCCAAGUACAUCGUGCAGGUGGACGGGAAGAUAGGGCUGUUCCGAGGCCUGAGCCCCCGGCUGAUGUCCAACGCCCUCUCCACUGUGACCCGGGGCAGCAUGAAGAAGGUUUUCCCUCCAGACGAGAUCGAGCAGGUUUCCAACAAGGAUGACAUGAAGACUUCUCUGAAGAAGGUGGUGAAGGAGACCUCCUACGAGAUGAUGAUGCAGUGUGUGUCGCGCAUGCUGGCCCACCCCCUGCAUGUCAUCUCAAUGCGCUGCAUGGUCCAGUUUGUGGGACGGGAGGCCAAGUACAGCGGCGUGUUGAGCUCCAUUGGGAAGAUCUUCAAAGAGGAGGGCCUGCUGGGAUUCUUCGUCGGCUUAAUCCCUCACCUCCUGGGCGAUGUCGUUUUCUUGUGGGGCUGUAACCUGCUGGCCCACUUCAUCAAUGCCUACCUGGUGGAUGACAGCUUCAGCCAGGCGCUGGCCAUCCGGAGCUACACCAAAUUUGUGAUGGGGAUUGCGGUGAGCAUGCUGACCUACCCCUUCCUGCUGGUCGGUGAUCUCAUGGCCGUGAACAACUGUGGGCUUCAGGCUGGGCUCCCUCCUUACUCCCCAGUGUUCAAAUCCUGGAUCCACUGCUGGAAGUACCUGAGUGUGCAGGGCCAGCUCUUCCGAGGCUCCAGCCUGCUUUUCCGCCGGGUGUCAUCAGGAUCGUGCUUUGCCCUGGAGUAA